GAGCUGCACGCGGGCAUCGGGCAGGACGCGGGCAUCUGGCAGGACGCGGGCGGCUGGCUUCGGUGGCGGCGGCUGGCGCGGAGCGAGCGGGCUGGCAGAGGUAGCUCUGCUGUGCUCCUGCAACUUGGACAUUCUUCUCCCUGCCUCCACCUGGAACUCGGAGAGACCCUCGUUGAGUCCCUGUUCUGGUCCAACAUGGGGAACCACCUGACCGAGAUGGCGCCCACUGCCCCCUUCUUGCCUCACUUCCAGGCCCUGCAUGUUGUGGUCGUCGGGCUGGACUCGGCUGGCAAGACCUCCCUCCUGUAUCGUCUCAAGUUCAAAGAAUUUGUGCAGAGCGUCCCCACCAAAGGCUUCAACACUGAGAAGAUCCGGGUGCCCCUGGGGGGGUCCCGAGGCAUCACGUUCCAGGUGUGGGAUGUUGGGGGGCAGGAGAAGCUGCGACCGCUGUGGCGCUCCUACACACGCCGGACGGAUGGGCUGGUGUUUGUGGUGGAUGCCACCGAGGCCGAGCGGCUUGAGGAGGCCAAGGUGGAGCUCCACCGCAUUAGCCGAGCCUCGGACAACCAGGGAGCGCCGGUGCUGGUGCUGGCCAACAAGCAGGACCUGCCCGGUGCGCUCAGCGCCACCGAGGUGGAGAAGAGACUGGCUGUGCGGGAGCUGGCGGCCGCCACGCUGGCCCACGUGCAGGGCUGCAGCGCCGUGGAUGGACAGGGCCUGCAGCCCGGCCUCGAGCGCCUCUACGAGAUGAUCCUCAAAAGAAAGAAGGCAGCCAGGGGGGGCAAGAAGAGACGAUGACCGGAGGCCAUCCCCUCCCCACCUAGUGGGGGUCUGUGACUUGGCCAGACAGCAAGUGGAGCCUGGGACUGCUCAGUCAGCUUGGGCUGUUGGACCUGCUCUCGGCUGCCAAGGCCAGAAGGAGCAUGGGGGAAUCCCAUUGUGUGCCAUUUGGGGGCAGGGGUUGGCAGAUGGGGUGUCUGUGGGCAUCUCUCCCUCAGCCUUGCUCCUGGAGAACUGGGGACUGCAGACUGUGGAGGCCUAAACGUAAACCAUGACUCUACCUCGACCCUGUGACCCUGUUUUUUGUUUUUUGUUUUCUGGCUUUUUCAUUGACUGUUUGGAGGGGAUGGGAGAGUGUAUUGGGAUGAAUGCGAAUUUUCCUCCCCCAUCCCCCACCCCUCCAGGUGGGCCGUGUCCCCAGACUACAUCCUGAGGGACGCUGGUCACAACAGCCUUUAUUUUUGUUCCUGUGAAAGUGCCAAGACCCCCUGCCCGCUUGUAUAGACCCACAGCCAUUUUUAUAAGCUGCGUGUGUCCUCCGUGGUGUUGAUUUUUUUUUUUUUUUAGCAUUUGCCUGUAAGUUAUUAAAGACUGACAAUGCCAUGAACCUUA